GUAUUGAGCAUUCGAUGUUUUGAAAUUCGAUGUAAUGGAUAUUCGAUCGAUUUGAUUUUUGGGAGAUUUCAUACGACCGCAAUUUGCCUACUGUUGAUAAUUAUUUUCCAGAAACUAACAUUUGAUGUUGAUCCAAGAAAGAAACAGUUUCAAAAAAAUGGUGUGAGAAAUUAUUGACAGUGACAUCUAUUUUAGUUUCGAGAAAUAAAAAUUAUUCGUUAAAAAAUGUGAUGAUUUGUUUGUUAACGGAAAUAAAUUUUGCACAGUUUCUUUUAAUUAUCGUCAAUAAAUAAUAAUACUGACAAGUUAAAUUAUAAUUGUCAACAAAGAAGAAUAUGUUGAAUUGCCAAAAACUUGAAUGUUUGUUUGUGUCGCUAUGGCAACGGACAAAGUGUUCUGUCAAAACAACACGUGAUUGUGGCUGAAUUGUCAGAAUCAGUCAGAAUCCCCUGAAGAAAAAUGAAUAAUUUUAUACAAAAUAUACAAAUAAAGGAUGGAGAGUAUACGAAAAUUAUUUACAACAUGAUAAAGGAGCAACGUUAUAGUGAAACAAUACACGUUUUGACAAAUUUACUCGAGUCCUAUCCUGAAUCACGACCGUGUCUUUCACUUCUCGGCUACUGUUACUUUUACACUCAGGAUUUUUUAACAGCAGCCAGCUGCUAUGAGAAAUUGGUACAAUUUUGUCCAGAGGAAGCUUUGUACAAACUUUAUUACGCUCAAUCGUUACAUCAAGCUUGUAUGUAUCCAGAGGCAUGGACAGUUUGCGCUGGUCUCGGGAAUAAUAGUAAUUUAGAAAAUAAAGUCAAAAAACUUCAAGCCGCGAUAAAAUAUGGACAGGAAGAUACGGUUGCUGCCAAGAAUCUCGUCGAUCAAUGUCCUACCGAUGAUAUAGACACGGAAAUUAAUUUGGGAUGUUUACUCUACAAGGAAGAAAAAUACGAACAGGCGUUAAAAAAAUUUUCCUCCGCUCUUCAAAUUGUUGGAUUUAAACCUCAUUUGUCGUACAAUGUUGCCUUGUGUUUUUUUAAAUUAAAAGAAUACGCAGCUUCACUUAAACAUAUAGCGGACAUCAUCGAGCAGGGAAUACGGGAACAUCCUGAACUUAGUGUUGGUAUGACGACUGAAGGAAUUGAAGUUCGUAGCGUGGGGAAUACUUUAACACUACACGAAACAGCCCUAACCGAGGCCUUCAAUCUAAAAGCCGCUAUUGAAUUUCAAUUAAAGAAUUAUGAAGCAGCAAAGGAAGCAUUGACGGACAUGCCACCGAGAUCGGAGGAGGAAUUGGACGCUGUAACAUUACACAAUCAGGCUCUAAUUAAUAUGGACACAAAACCAGGCGAAGGUUUUGAGAAACUUCAAUUUUUAUUGCAACAAAAUCCAUUUCCUCCGGAGACUUUUGCAAAUCUAUUGUUGCUUUACUGUAAAUAUCAGUUCUAUGAUUUGGCCGCUGAUGUUCUAGCCGAAAAUGUUCAUUUGACUUACAAAUAUUUGACGUCCUAUUUAUACGACUUUUUGGACGCACUGAUAACGCAGCAAACAUCUCCUGAGGAAGCGUAUCGAAAAUUCGACGACCUGGCCAAUAAGCAUACGGAAGUUUUGAGAAAAUCUACGAAGCAAGUACAGGAGGCAAGAUUAAAUCACGAUGACAAUGCUGUCAAGAAGGCUGUCAAUGAUUACGAAGAGGCUCUUGAGCGUUACAUACCGGUUUUAAUGGCCCAGGCGAAAAUUUACUGGGAAUUGGGAAAUUACAUUCAGGUUGAGAAAAUCUUUCGAAAAAGCGUUGAAUUCUGUAAUGAACACGAUAUUUGGAAAUUGAACGUUGCUCACACAUUGUUUAUGCAGGAGAAUAAAUUUAAAGAAGCAACUGGAUUUUAUGAACCUAUUGUUAAAAAAAAAUACGAUAAUAUCCUAGAUGUCAGUGCAAUUGUCCUUGCAAAUUUGUGCGUGAGUUACAUUAUGACAACACAAAACACAGAAGCGGAGGAAUUGAUGAAAAAAAUUGAAAAAGAAGAAGAAACGAUAGCAUUUGAAGAGCAGGAUAAGAAACUCUUUCACUUGUGUAUUGUCAAUUUGGUAAUUGGCACUUUGUACUGUUCGAAGGGAAAUUAUGAAUUUGGAGUGUCACGAGUGAUGAAGAGUCUCGAACCAUACAGUAAAAAAUUGGGCACCGAUACGUGGUUUUAUGCCAAAAGAUGUUUUCUCUCUCUUUUGGAGCAAUUAGCAAAGCAACUCGUUGUACUCAAAGAUUCCACGCUACAAGAAUGUAUACAAUUUCUCGAACAUUGUGAAGUUUAUGGAAAAGACGUGCAGAGUGUUGUCGAACAACCUUUUGAUAUUCAGGAUAUUAAUACAGUUCCCCAGGGGAAAAAUACAGUCACCUACGAAGCCAGAUAUUUAAAAGCAUUAUUUUUAAAAUUACAAAUGUCUUAAUUUAUUAUUAUUGAAUUGUUAUUUUUCAAUUCGCAGAAUAUAUUAACGUUAAUUUUAAAUUUG